AUGUCAGUUAGUCAAGAAGUCAAUAACAAUGUUAUAUUAUUACCACAAACAAAUCAAUUAAUUGGACUUUAUAGUAUAAUUCGAGAUCAACAAACAAAAAGAGGUGAUUUUGUUUUUUAUUCAGAUAGAAUUAUAAGAUUAUUAGUUGAGGAAGGGUUAAAUCAGUUACCAGUUGAAAACUGUAUAAUAGAAUGUCAUGGAGGUCAUAAAUAUAAUGGAUAUAAAUUCUUGGGUAAAAUUUGUGGAGUAUCAAUAGUAAGAGCAGGAGAAUCUAUGGAAAUGGGGUUGAGAGAUUGUUGUAGAUCAGUUAGAAUUGGGAAAAUAUUAAUUCAAAGAGAUGAAGAAACUGCUUUACCAAAACUAUUUUAUGAAAAAUUACCUGAAGACAUAAGUGAAAGAUAUGUGUUUUUAUUAGAUCCAAUGUUAGCAACUGGUGGAUCUGCAAUUAUGGCAGUUGAAGUUUUAUUAUCAAGAGGUGUUAGAAUGGACAGGAUAUUCUUUUUGAACUUGUUGGCAGCUCCUGAAGGUAUAAAAGCUUUUCAUGAUAAAUUUCCUCAAGUUAAAAUUAUAACUGGUGGAAUUGAUGAAAAACUAGAUGAUGAUAAAUUUAUUGUACCUGGUUUAGGCGAUUUUGGAGAUAGAUAUUAUUGUAUUUGA